AUGGAUGAGGGUCAGAAGGUUGAAAUGCCAAGGGUGAAACUGGGUACCCAGGGGCUUGAGGUAUCGAGACUGGGCUUUGGCUGUAUGGGACUAACUGGAAUCUACAAUCCUCCUGUACCUGACGAGGAAGGUAUUUCUAUGAUCAAGGAGGUGUUCAAUAAUGGAAUCACAUUCUUUGAUACCUCGGAUGUUUAUGGUUUGAACAAUGCUAAUGAAAUAUUGCUGGGAAAGGUAAAUGCACAAGAAGCCAUUUUUAGUUAA